UGGUCUAAAGUUUCCCAUUCUCUUUGUGGUUAGCUGUGCUGCACUCUUUUCGGUUCGCUUGUUGACAUUGCCAGUUCAUGCAAAUUGGCGGCAAUUAAUAGCAACCAGCAGCAGCCGCAGCAGCAGCAGCAGCAGUUGCAGCACCAAAAGUCAAGUGCAAAACAAACCGAACUGAAAUAUUCAACGCGCAGCAAACAAAGCUAAAAAAAAAACAAAAAAAAAAGCAAAACUAAAAACAAGGAGCAGAAGAAGAAGCAGCAGGAGCAGUAGCAGCAGCACACAGGAAUUAUGGCUUGGGGCUAUUGGUCCGCCACAACAGUGGAUCGCGGACGUUCGCCGCGCCGCUUGACGCAGUGCACCCCGCUGCCUGUUAAUUUAGUACAGCAGGAGGAGGAGGAGGAGCAGCCACCGCCAUGUUUGCCCCAACAACAGCAACAGCAUCAGCAACAACAGCAGCAACAACAACAGUCACAGCAAUCGCAGACCUGCCCCAGCACACCAUCUGCCAAUCAGCAGGGAGGUGGCAAUGGGGGCGGCGGUGGAACACUCUGCUACAGUCCGACAUGUCGUUCCCGGUGCUCGAGUCCGUGUCCUGGUUCGCCGUGCGGCUCGAUAACGCCGCCGCCCCCGCCAUUGAUGACAUCCUCGCAACAGCAUCUGCAUCAGCACUCGAACAAGAAUUGCCCGGCGGCACAGCAGCUGCUCACGCAUCUGGAUUACGCGGCCCGCAGACAGUCGCUUGAUCAGCUGGACAGUCCGCAGGUACUGAACACGUCGAAGUACUUUGAUAUUCAGGCCAAUCAGCUAUCGGACAUCAUGUGCCGCGGCGCGGUUGUCAGCUCGAUACAGUCGGCGAACAAUACGCUGACCCGUGGCGUCUCCCUGCACAGUCGCAGCGGCAGCGCACAUGGCAGCCAUCAUAGUCACAGUCAUCAUGGCAGCGCACACGGCUCCCUCGGCUGUCUGCAGGGCAACGUGGGAGUUGGCGUCGGCGUUGGCGUUGGCACUGGCAGCACUGGCAGCAUUGGCAUGAUGUCCGCCAGUCAUAUAGAUACCGGGGACUACGAUGUGCCUCAUCCGCAUCCGUAUACGCAUCAUUAUAUGCAGACAACGGCAUCGGUGACGCCGCCGCAUGCCACAUUGAGCAGGCCCGGUUCGGCUGGUGCCGUUUGCACCGGUCACGAUUCGGGCUCCGAUUCGAGUCAGGGCUGUGGUGGCUCCAUAAUGGGCGGCAUGCUGGUAAUGGGUCAUGCCGGACAUAUGGGCAGCCUGGGACAUCAUAGCACGGGCAGCGGUUCGCUGGGUCGCUGCUCCAGUCGCUGUCACAACAAUACCACAACCACAGAUGACUCGGGCGGUGGCAGCAGUGGCGGUGGUGGUGGCGCCAACACUGCCACUAUUGCCCUUGGAGGUGGUCCGGGCAUGCUCAUGGACUAUCAUCAUGGCCAUCACAGUGGCAGCGCUGGCAGCGGCCUCAAUGGCUGCGGCGGCGGUGGCGGAGUUGGAGGAGGAGGAGGAGGCGGCAGUAUUGCCGGUGGCAGUAUUGGGGGACGCAGCAGUGUCCUGGGCACCAUUCACAAUGGCCACGGUCAUCAUCAUCAGCAAUAUCAUCACGAGUGCAUCCACUACGAACGUCUGCCCAUACCCGUGCCCAUACCCACGGUGCCCAUGGGCGUAACGCAACAACAACAGCAGCAACAACAACAACAGCAGCAGCAGCAACAUCAUAUGUCCUCCCAACAUCAGCUGCAGUCGGAGGAGGAGAUCGAACCAGCCUAUGCAACAGUAUUUCCCAAUGUUCCUCAAGCGCCGGGCUUGUCCUGCGAUGGCGAAGAUCGCAGCAUUUACAGAAGAGGCGCUCGCCGCUGGCGCAAAUUGUAUCGCGUCAAUGGACACAUUUUCCAGGCCAAGCGUUUCAAUCGCCGUGCCUUUUGUGCGUAUUGCCAGGAUCGAAUCUGGGGCCUAGGUCGACAGGGUUUCAAGUGUAUCCAGUGCAAGCUGUUGGUGCACAAAAAGUGUCAUAAGCUCGUGCAGAAACACUGCACCGAUCAGCCCGAGCCGUUGGUCAAGGAACGGGCCGAGGAGUCGAAUGAUCCAAUGCCGGUGCCAUUGCCACCGCUGCCGUAUGAAACUGUUGGCGGCGGUGCCGAUUCGUAUGAGCCGCACGAGCAUGCGCACAUUGUGGUGCCGCCACCGCAAGAGGAUUCACUGGAGCCGGCCACCCAGCGUCAGUAUUCGCUGAAUGACUUUGAGCUGAUACGCGUCAUUGGGCGUGGCAGCUAUGCCAAGGUGCUGAUGGUGGAGCUGCGACGUACGCGUCGCAUCUAUGCGAUGAAGGUGAUCAAGAAGGCGCUGGUCACCGAUGACGAGGACAUCGACUGGGUGCAGACCGAGAAGCAUGUCUUUGAGACGGCCUCGAAUCAUCCAUUCCUCGUCGGGCUGCACUCUUGCUUCCAGACGCCCUCGCGCCUCUUCUUUGUCAUUGAGUUUGUGCGCGGCGGCGAUUUGAUGUAUCACAUGCAGCGACAACGUCGCCUGCCCGAGGAGCAUGCCCGCUUCUAUGCCGCCGAGAUUAGUCUGGCAUUGAAUUUUCUGCACGAGAAGGGCAUCAUCUAUCGUGAUCUAAAGCUGGACAAUGUGCUAUUGGAUCAUGAGGGCCACAUCAAGCUCACCGAUUAUGGCAUGUGCAAGGAGGGCAUUCGUCCCGGCGACACAACAUCCACAUUUUGCGGCACACCCAACUAUAUUGCGCCCGAGAUAUUGCGUGGCGAGGAUUAUGGCUUCUCGGUGGACUGGUGGGCACUGGGUGUACUCCUUUACGAAAUGCUUGCGGGUCGCAGUCCCUUUGACAUUGCGGGCGCUUCCGAAAAUCCCGAUCAGAAUACUGAGGAUUAUCUGUUCCAAGUGAUUCUGGAGAAGACCAUACGCAUACCGCGGUCGUUGAGCGUUAAGGCUGCCUCCGUUUUGAAAGGUUUCCUCAACAAGAAUCCCGCUGAUCGUUUGGGUUGCCAUCGCGAAUCUGCCUUCAUGGACAUUGUCAAUCAUCCGUUCUUCAAGGUCAUCGACUGGGAGAUGCUCGAACGCAAACAGGUUUCGCCUCCAUUCAAGCCACGUUUAGACUCAGAUCGCGAUCUGGCCAAUUUCCCGAUCGAGUUUACCGGCGAACCGGUGCAGCUGACACCAGAUGAUGACCAUGUCAUUGACAACAUCGAUCAGUCGGAAUUCGAGGGCUUUGAGUAUGUAAACCCAUUGCUCAUGUCAUUGGAGGAUUGCGUCUGACACCACGAGACGUGUGAUUUGCAUCCUUAUAAUAUGCGUCUCUAUGGCGAGGACUCCAGUGAUUACGAUUCCGUGGCUGACGAUUUAAGUCUACUGCAUUUGAACAGCGCAGGUGGUGCAGCCAAUACCAAUAAUAAUAUAAGCCAGCAGCAACAUUAUCGCCAACAGCAGCAACAGUCGCAACUGACACAGCAGCAAUAUCAUCCAUACCAACAGCAGCAACAGCAACAACAACAACAGCAGCAGCAGCCGCAACUGCAACAGCAUCUGCAGCAGCAGCAACAGCAGCAUCAGCAGCAGCAGCAACAUCAUAAUGGUAACAAUAACAAUCAUAAUAAUCACAUGCAAGCAAAUAAUAAUAAAAGUCUACUGCAGCACAUGUUUUGCCUUCCAUUGAACUAAUUAAAAUAACGAAUUAGAUAAAGAACAGCAACAAGAGCAACAGCUAAACAGACAGCAACAACAACUAGCAAAUGCAACAAAUAAACAAUUUAAAUACUAACAUUACUUAUUAAACAAAUAAUUAUAAUCUUCUAUAUACAACUGUCUUAAAGUAAAAACUGAGAAAAUAAGAACUACUUUCAUACCAAAAAAAAAAAACAAACAAAAAAAGCAACAAAAAAACAAAAACUGUCACAAAUUGCGAGUAUUACACUAAACUACAAACGAUUACUUUACUACUUAUGCACCUAGGCAAUUAGACAAACUCUUUGCAUGCAACAACAACAGCAACCAAAACAACAACGGCAACAACAGAAGAAGAAAAUUUCAAUAUUUAAUGCAAGACUUUUCAGCAAGACACUUAAAAAGUAUGCGAGGCAGCAAACAAUUUUUAAGCUAAUAAAUCUACAAUACACAUCUAAAAAACAAAUAUAUAUAUAUAUAUAAUUUUUAAAUAUUUAAAAGCAAGACAUUUAAUUUUACUACAAAAACAAAAUAGAAACACAACAAAAAUAAAAUAAAAAAGAAAAUCAAUCUAAUAUAUUUAAGCGCGUAAAUAAAUAAAUAAUGUAAAAUGUAUGUGUGUUAGUGUUAGUGAGCAGAAUGGUUUUUAAGUGCAACAGCAACAAACUGAUAAAAUGUGUGUGUAAGCAGAAAAUGCGUUAAAGUAUAGACAUAAUUGAACUGGCAAAAUUAUCAAAAAUAACAACAACAAAAAAACAAAAUGAAAUCAUUAUCAAAAUUUGAUGAUACGAACAAAAGUUGAAUCACUAUAAAAUAUAUAUAUUUAUAUAAGCAAUUAAUAAUUUAUUGUAUUUUCUGUAUUAUUGAAUUUACACACAAAAUCGUAAAAGCAUCCGUCUACUGGCAAUAUCUCUUUGUUUUUUGUUAAAGUAUUAGAAAAACUUUGCGUUUUCAACAAAACAAACACAUUCCACUUUGUACUUACUAUACGAAAUUGUUGUUAAAUUAUUGUAAAAUACGUAUAAGUAUGAGAUUCCCAGCAAGCAAUAAAAAACAAAAGAAAAACAAAAACUAUUAUUAUUAUAAUCACUGUCCCUUUUUAUUGCUAGUUGUAAACGAAAUCAAAAUUGAAUUAUUUUCCAAACACACGCAUUUUGUGUGUUCCCUAGAAAAUUGUUCCAAUUCUUUGCACUGUGUGAGUUUUUAACAAAAUACAAAAAUAUACAAAUAUUUAAAUAAAAUUGUAAAUUAUGGUUUUUAUAACCCUUAAAACAAGUAGAGAUAUUUAAACAAACAAAUGAAACAGAAUUCAAUUAGUAUUAAUACCAAAAUAUCAUUGUGUUGCUUUAACUUAAAUGAGAAUUUACCUAAAUUGUGUUGAAAAUUAACUACAAAUUUUUUAAAUCAAUCGUAUAUGAUAAACAAAACAAAAUAAGGUUAAUUGUUAAUGUAUUCAAAGUGGCAACACAACAUUAAGCAAUUUAAAAUUAUUAAACACUCAAAAAGGAAAACAAAAAAAUACACACAACAACAAAAUACCAACAACAACAAAAUGUUUUGAUUAAACAAAAAUAAUAGCAAACAAUCAAUUAAAGCGUAACAUAGUAAAUAAUUUAUAUACUUACAUAACUAAGUACAUACCUAUUAAAAACAAGAUGACGAACACACUGAACAAAUUUAGAAUGCACAUUUUUAAUUGUAAAAAAAAAAAACAAAACAAAAAACGUAGCAACAGCAAUGAAAUAAUGAAAAAUGAGUUUUUAAGUUAAUCGAAUUUUGAUAAAGUUCACCAGUUAAACGAAAAUUGUAGGCAGAAAUAUAAUUUAUAUAAAUAUACAUAUUAAAUUUUCUACUUUUUAGACAACUAUAUUUAUAAUAGUAUUUUGUGUGAAAAUUAAGAUUACUUUCUUUGUUUACUUUACGAGUAAUUGUUGUAUGUUUUGUCCAACUGCUGUUUUUGAUCAAUUUGAUUUGUAUUUGUACAAUUUUUUUACAUACUAAACGCACUUUGAGUACUUUAAAUGCUAGCAAAAUGUCAAACGAAAUUGAGAGCGCAAACAAUUUGCGUUACAAUUAUGCAUCUAAACAAACGAAUAAACUAUUGUGUAAGUAAUACAUU